GAAAAUCAGCUCUAACAAUAAGUGUUCUACAUAAUCUUAGUUGUAUUGACUAUCAAGAAUAGCAUUUUUCGAAAGUUACAAACAAUUCCAUAAUCUCUGAGGCGCAUCGACCGUGAAUCUUCCUGUUCGGAGGAAAAACGCGCGCUGACCGUUUAUUUAGAGGGACGAAAGAGGAAGAGUCGAUAUAAAAACAACAGGCACAUCGGUUUGCGCGAUCAAAUCUGAAGUGUUUGCCGAGUGUGCACAACGUGAAAGAUUCGAGUCAGCAAGCGAAAAUAACAACGAUGACGCCGAUUUUUGUGGCUUCUGUUUUUCUAUUUGCAUUGACCUGCCCAUCCUGCGCGCAGGCGAAUAUACCGGAUUAUACUCAUUGUCAGAGUAACGCGGAUUGUGCACCAACACAGUGUUGUACUAUAGGAGGAGCAAGGUACAGUAUACCAGAAUGUAAGGCCAUGCAAGAAGAAGGGGAGGUAUGCAGACCAGGCAAUCCUUCGACAUUGAAUGUGACUCUUGGAUAUCCCGAUGGUUCUGAAAUAACGCUAAAAGAUGUCCACUUCAUCUUCUGUCUUUGCGCCGAUGGAUUGUCAUGCGACGUCAAAGAAGGUAUCUGCAAGAAAACUGGCGAAAAGCGUGAUACAAAUCGUUUAACCAAUGAAAAUAAAAAACGCGAUGAUUAAUGCUAAACUAAGAGGAAAUAAUUUCGUGCAAACAUAUGUCGCAGUAAACGAUUGAGUGAAACGAACAGUGAUAAUAAGUAACCAAACCGUGGAAAAUCCCGGCAUAUGGUUUGUACUAAACUGUAUAAUUAAAUUGAGAACCAAAGGAUUAUAGUAUUUCUAACCAUAAGUUAAA